AUGUAUAACCCAGGCGACAACGACACGUGCGAUUCGCAAGAAUAUAUCCGACCAGCUUCCAAGACGACAAAGGACCUGGGCAUCCAGCUGGGUCUGUCCCUCAUCAUCGGUGUCUCCGCCUUCGUCACCUUCUGCACACUCCGUCCGAGAUGGCCCUUUCUGUACGCGGCACGCAAGCGCCGCCUCGAACCGAAGAUUGUCCUCCCGGCCUUGUCCAACACGUUCCUCGGAUGGAUACCGAGGCUGUACAGGAUCUCCGAGCAGGAUGUCCUCACCACGGCCGGGCUGGACGCAUUCGUGUUCCUGAACUUCUUCAAGAUGGCCAUUCGCCUGUUUGCCAUCAUGGCCUUCUUCGCAACGCUCAUCCUCCUCCCGAUCAAUAACAAGUACCGCAAUUUCCGCCUCUCGUUUGGCGGAAAUGGAACCUCGGGCAACAGCACGGAAGAGAUCGACCUGUUCGGCAUGCACCCGACGCACCUACCGCUCGACGACGACGUCCUCGGCGGCGGCGGCGGCCACGACGACAAGGACCACAGCCGCGAUAGGCCGUACCUCUGGGCCUACGUCAUCUUUACCUACUUCUUCGUCGCCUUGACGCUCUACUUCAUCAACUGGGAGACGUUCCGCAUCAUCCGCCUCAGGCAGAAGUACCUGGGUCUGCAGUCGACCGUGACGGACAGGACGUUCCGCCUGACUGGCAUUCCGUCGGAAAUGCGAUCGGAGGACGAGAUCAAGCAGCUCAUCGAGAGCCUGCAUAUCGGGCAUGUGAAGAAGGUCAUGCUCUGCCGCGAUUGGAGGGAAAUUGACGAUCUCAUGGAGCAGCGCGAUCGGACGCUCCGACAGCUCGAGAAGUCCUGGUCUCGUCUGCUCAGGGCUCAAGCCUCCGCCAAGCCGGCCGAGGCAAACCACCACUCCCACGGCGACGGCACGGCAGCAGAUGACGGUACCGACGCUGUCGACGGGGGACCGGGGCCGGACGAGAAUGGACAGCUGCUCGGGCACGGUUCCGAGCCGUCACACGUUGCCGAGGCAAAGCGGCCGAAAGUCACCAUCUACUACGGGCUUCUCAAGCUGCGGUCCAAGAAGGUGGAUGCGAUCGACUACUACGAAGAGAAGCUGCGACGUCUCGACGAGAAAGUCGUCGUCGCCAGGGGCCGCGAGUACAGGUCGACCGACAUGGCCCUGGUGACCAUGGACUCGGUCGCGUCGUGCCAGAUGCUCAUCCAGGCCAGGAUCGACCCCCGACCGGGCAGGCUGCUGACCAAGCCCACCCCGGCGCCGGCGGACCUGGUCUGGAAGAACAUGUACGCGCUGCGCGGCAUCCGCAGGCUCAAGUCGUGGGCCAUCACCAUCUUCAUCACGUUCCUGACGCUGCUGUGGAUCUUCCCGACGGCCUUCAUCGCCUCGUGGCUCAGCAUCUGCACCGUCAAGAAGGUCGCCCCGUCGCUGUGGGGCUGGCUCAACAGCCACACGCUCAUCUACUCGCUGCUGCGGAACGGCGUGCCCACCCUCGUGGUCUCGCUGCUCAACGUUGCCGUCCCCUAUCUGUACGACUGGCUGUCCAACCGGCAGGGCAUGAUCUCGCAGGGUGACGUGGAGCUGUCGGUCAUCAGCAAGAACUUCUUCUUCACCUUCUUCAACACCUUCUUCGUCUUCGCCGUCUCGCGCACGGGCUUCGACUUCUGGAGCACGCUGCAGGAGCUGCUCAAGGACACGAGCAAGAUACCGGCCGCCAUCUUCUCCGACGUCGAGGAGCUCUCCAUCUUCUACAUCUCCUUCAUCAUGCUGCAGGGCAUCGGGCUCAUGCCCUUCCGCAUCCUCGAGGUCGGCAGCGUCUUCCUGUACCCCUUCUCGCGGCUGAUGUCGGCCACGCCGCGCGACUUCUCCGAGCUGCGGGAGCCGCCGGCGUUCCAGUACGGCUUCUUCCUGCCGACGGCCCUGCUCGUCUUCAACCUCUGCCUCAUCUACAGCAUCCUCCGCAUGGGCUUCCUCAUGCUCAUCUUCGGCACCAUCUACUUCGCCCUCGGCUACUUCACCUUCAAGUACAUGCUCCUCUACGCCAUGGGUCAGCCGCAGCACGCCACCGGCGGCGCCUGGCGCAUCAUCUGCUACCGCAUCCUGGUCGGGCUCGUCGUCUUCGAGGUCGUCAUGGUGGGCCAGAUCGCCUCGCUCAAGGGCUUCGUCCAGUCCGUCUCGAUCCUGCCUCUGAUCCCCUUCACGGUCUGGUACAGCUACUACUACAACCAGCGCUUCGAGCCCCUCACGAAGUACAUCGCCCUCCGGGCCAUCCAGCCCAACGAGAACGAGGACGAGGACGCUUACGGCGGCCUCCUGGGCGGGUCGGCCAUCCUGGACGGUGAGCCGUUCGACGACGAGAGCGGCAUCAGGCCGUCGCAGGUCGUCUUCCGUCGCGGCAGCACCUUGGACGAGUUCAAGGAGCAUGGCCUGACGUUUGUCAAUCCGAGCCUGGUGGUCCCUCUACAACGCCCCUGGAUCUACAGGGACCAGCCACCACCGGUACCAGAUGAUGACUCCGAGACCACAGAGGGGCAGCAGCCCAGUCUCAUCGUCCCCGACUCCGACGCAUCUCUCGGUAUCGGGGAAGACAAUGUUUGGAGGGAUUCUGGAAAUAAUGCGGCCUAA